AUGUUCCUUCAGAGUUGAUUAUAAUUACUUCCUAGUCCAAACCUCCCGUAGGACGACGGGGGAUGGGAGCGGGCAGGGUUUGACCCUGGACCAUCGAUAAAUCUGAACGACAGUCCAGCGCGCAAACCGCACGACCAGGCAGCCAUCCGCAUCUUCAUUUCUGCUUGGCACAUCUAUUGUAAAUGCUCUUCCUCGUAUCUGAAAUCGAUAGCAUGGAGAGAGGGCUGUGUUUUCUUGUUGGUUCAGAAUGGACAGGAGCACUUUCUCCUCAUAGCUAAAACAAAGGCUGUAGCAUUCUUUCUCUUUACUAUUUCAUUUUUUGUUUUACUUACGCCGAUGCUUUGAAUUGUUGCUUGUCAACAGAACAGGAUACAGAGCCAUUAGACUUGUGAGGCUUCGUCUUUUUCGGAGACAUCGUGCCUCUUGGUCAGUUCAAUUAAACAGUCUUUAUUUGUAAACGAAGACCCGAUGAUUCAUUCGCUAGUCUAUGCUUUUUUUUUGUUUGGUUUAUUUUCUCUUCUAUGGCGCUAAAGCAUUGGAUGAUGGCUAAUAACAAGGUUUUGAUUCCACAAAUCAAUACUUCUGUAAUUUUUUUCAACGAUAUGGUCGUUGAUUUGUAUCUCUUACAGCAUAUCUCUCAAGAGAUCCACAAUAUCUGGUUCUAUUUCUUACAGAAAAGUGUCCGAAUCCUAAUAUUCUUCCCAAGGUGCUUGCCACAGAUGUCUUGCUAAGGUCUUAUUGUUUUGGCCUAUUGUGAUCCCUCGCUCUCGCAUAAGUGUAUUUACUAGGAUUUUAUCUAGUGGUUUUAUAUAUCCCACUUCUCAAACUAAUUACUAUGAUUUUGUGUUAAAAGACAAAAUGAUAUAGCUAAUGUAAGAACCUAACAACUCGGGCUUCAAAUAGUGUGAGACUUUAAAGAGUGUUAUACAUAAAAUAAUAAACUACUUAACACAAAAGGCAACAUGAAAAGUCUGGCAGUAAUCGUUGUGUUCACGUUGUAAAGGACUCCCUGUUUGCUCUUGAACUCAGCUGUUCUCAAAUUUCCUGUUUGCCAUGACCCAUACACUCUCUUUUAUUUUGAAUUCUCAAGGCCCUUUUGAAAAAAAGAACGGGUAUUUUACACGGAAGUUGUUGACUUAAGUCUGCUUGCAAUAGUACGCAGGAUUGUGUAACGAUUGUCAGCUAAUAGCACACAUGUUAAACAUUCUUAAUUCCCUUUAAAAAAAACAACAACUUUUUGAUAAGAAAUGUAGGGCCUUAUAUCUCUACACGCAAAGGAUUGUUAGUUAGUUUUCAAGAAUGAAUCAUAAAAGAGGCCAUUAUCAUAAUCCUCAUCAUUUACAACAGUUAAUGUGCUAAGGUUUGAUUAGAGACAGAUGAGUUUUAAAGAACAUUCAGCAUGAAAUUCAUUCAGAUCUAUUGUGUAUACGUGUCCCUGAUGUGCGUCCUUAUUGUUAAAGCUAUUCCUAUCCAGCUUUUAAAGAAUAAGACACGCAGAAUUGCAUCAUAUUGUCUUCGAGACUCUGAAAUAGCGACCAAUUUUGAAAUAUAUGGAGAGAUCGAUACCUCAAAAGUACAUACCAAGUUUGUUUUUUUCGAAAAGAUGAAAGAAAAUGGAUCAUCAUUUUUAAUUUGUCUGGGAAUGUUUUCUGAACUAUGUGAUAUUAAAACUAAUUUGAUGUGUUCCUGUUCCUCUACUGAAAAUCCAAAUAUUUACAACAUCAUGUUAAGCACAAACUUGACAGACUCUGAUAAAUAUACGUUCGUGAGGGCAGGGAUUAUAAACAAAAAUGGUGAAAGACUGUACAGCAAAGCUAUGCAGCUAUCCAGAAAUUCUGAAACAGUUGCUAUUAAUGAUUCCAUUGAUGUUCAAAUAAAUAAUCACCAAGUGGAUAUAAAUGAUUGUUCCGUUGUAACCAGCAAUGAUAUUAUUCAUAUAAGCUACAACAGCACAAUGAAUGAAUUAGUUUCUGUUAAAGUUUACAAUUCAAACAGCAUUGAAGUUGUCAAUGAAGGUAGCCGUGAAAUAACCAUUAAAAGGAAAUUCUUGGAAAAGGUACAAUCUAUUACAUUACAGAUGCAUUUCUGUCAUGUGAAUAUUCAGAAUGUCACUUGCUCUAUUAUAACAGAAAAUGAACUAACGACUGAAAAGAUAGAAGAGUAUUUUGAUUAUGCAGAUUUAUACAUAAAUUUGAUCGUAUUGGUUUGUAUAGUUUUACUGUCUGCCUUCUUGUGCUAUAUGCAUCGGAGAAACAAAGCCCGAAAAUUAAGAGCAGGCCUUGUGAAGUAAAGAAAGACCUACAUACCUCUUUCUUUAAUUGAUAAACAUGGAAAAUGUAAAAGUGUUACUGGAGAUUAACUUCAUGUUGUGUUCAUUAGCAUUAGUGUAAAUAAAAGUGUUGGAGAAUGUCCUUAUUAUUACAUAGAGGUUGUUGAAGCGCUAAGUGUAGAUAGGUUGCAAUCUAAAACAGCUUGAUGAAAUGCUUUAAAUGAUGCGAUAAUGUAAGUGUCAGAUGGAUAUGACGCUAUACUUUUAUUUCACCAAUUUGAUAUCCUUUGCAAGAUAUUUAAAGCCUUGAUGUUUCAAAUGUUGCAUUAUAUUUUAGUAUUUUUAUGUGAUUAUCCAAAUAAAAAUCGGAUGGCCUCCUGGUCGUGCUUUUUGCUCGCUGGACUGUCGAUCAGAUUUAUCGAUGGUCUAGGGUUCAAACCUUGUCCGCUCCCAUCCCCCGUUGUCCUGCGGGAGGUUUGUACUAGGAAGUAAUUAUCUUCAACUCUGAAGGAACAUCCAAAACAUGUAAAACAUUUUACAAAAAUCAGAAUCUUUCAAAAAAUGGUUAUUACAUCAAAAAUGUGAAUUAAAAAAAAUGGUUUACUAUAUAUUUAUUUUUUGCAACCCUAUCACUGUAAGAUUGCUUUUUACUUAAUAGAACGUUUUUAGUGUUUCAGUUACGUAUUGUAGAUAAGUUUUUUCUCUGAAAAAACAACAACAAACAAACAAACAAAAAACAACGGAAACAUUGAUUUAAAAUAAUGUUUCAAUCAUUGUACUUGAUAUAAUGUACGGGCUUAUAACCGGUGUAUUUUGUUUAUGUUCCCCAAAUCUUAAAACUUGCAUAUUUUUUAUAAAAUCUCUAUUAAAGUCAAAACUUCAUGGAAGUUAGAACUCUUAGGAACCAGCCUGGAUGCUGAUUUUAAAAAUAAAUCUUAUCAAUUGUUCUUAAAAUUUAAUGGUUGAUAAAUAUCGCUGAGAAAAGUAUUCCAAGCUCGUUGGCCUCAUGUGGAAAACUCUAGUUCGACCGUUAUACUAGUUCAAAGCACUAGCGGAUCCAGAACUUUGGAGUGGGAGGGGCGAUUUUUUUCCAAACCCUAACCCUAACGCCCAGUAAACCCUAACCCUAUACAUAAACGUGCGUACAGCAUAUAUAUAUAUAUAUAUAUAUAUAUAUAUAUAUAAGAAUAAAUAAGCAGUAUUUCUCAGUAUUUUCAUGCAUUCUUCACUGCAGAAACGCAUUCUCCUGACAUCUACAGCUCUUUAUCCAUCAGUGGAGUACGGGGCGAAGCCCCGGCGCCAAAAAGCGUUUUCUUGCAUUUUUCACUGCGGAAACGCCUGCUCCUGACAUCUACAGCUCACUAUGCAUCAGUGAGUUUCGGGGCGUAGCCCCGACGCAUAAAGCGUUUUCAUGCAUUCUUCACUGAAGAAACGCAUUCUCCUAACAUCUACAGCUCAUUAUUAAUCAGACGUCAAAAAGCGUUUUUCUUGCAUUUUUCACUGCAGAAACGCCUGCUCCUGACAUCUACAGCUCACUAUUCAUCAGUGAGUUUCGGGGCGAAGCCCCGACGCAUAAAACGUUUUCAUGCAUUCUUCACUGAAGAAAUGCGUUCUCCUGACAUCUACAGCUCAUUAUUAAUCAGUGGACUUCGGGGCGAACCCCGACGCCAAAAAUCGUUUUCUUGCAUUUUUCACUGCAGAAACGCCUGCUUCUGACAUCUACAGCUCACUAUUCAUCAGUGAGUUUCGGGGCGAAGCCCCGACGCUUAAAGCGUUUUCAUGCAUUCUUCACUGAAGAAACGCAUUCUCCUGACAUCUACAGCUCAUUAUUAAUCAGUUGAGUUCGGGACGCCAAAAGCGUUUUUCUUGCAUUCCUCACUGCAGAAACGCAUUCUCCUGACAUCUACAGCUCUUUAUCCAUCAGUGGAGUUCGGGGCGAAGCCCCGACGCCAAAAGCGUUUUCUUGCAUUUUUCACUGCAGAAACGCCUGCUUCUGACAUCUACAGCUCACUAUUCAACAGUGAUUUUCGGGGCGAAGCCCCGACGCUAAAAGCGUUUUCUUGCAUUCUUCGCUGAAGAAACGCAUUCUCCUUACCUAAAGCUCAUUAUUCAUCCUAUUAAAAAAGGACUUUUAAAUAAUGUUGUACUUGAAAAAUAUUCUAAUUUGAAUUUAUACGCCCUUAAUACAUUGCAAAUAAAACCGAUUUGUUCCUUGAAAAGAUCAGAUACCCCACAUAUUUAGAUUAAGGCUUUGAGGAUCGCCGCCGAAAAAAAAAUUUGAUAAAUAAUAUUCAAUAAAAUUGAAGCAUAAAUUGUGAGUUAUAGUCCCAAAUUUAACUAGAAAAAAUAUUAGAUUAAGUAAAGGUUGGAAAAAAGGCUACUCAUCUCAAUCGUGACUCUUAUACUGAAAAUUUUUGUUUGAAUUCUAAUUUUUCCAAAGCAAAGUCUUUCUUAAAAUAAUUAUGAUAAAUUCAUGUGAAAUUACAUAAACUCUGUCUGGAAAUGGGAGGGGCGGUAGAAUGAAAACGAUUUAUCCUCGCUCCUUUUUAUAAUUUCUGCUAAUGAUUGCAUUUGGCAUUAAAGAAUAAGGGUAGGGCCACUCGAUGUGAGAAUUUAAUUUAUAGCAUAUAUAAAUUAUAUUAGUGGCUAAUUUUUAUUUUUACAUUUUGUAAUUUCUUAACUAUAAUACAAAAGAAAAAUUAUUGCUUUGUCCGAUGAGGGAAAGGAGAUGGCAUGUAUCGCCCCUCCCACCUUUUUCCUUUUAUAUUUACUAAUAAUAAAAUUUGAGAUUAGAGUGUGGUGCGACAUAAUAUACAAAUGGUUUCACAUAUCAAUUAUAUAGAAAUUCAACUAUUUUUGUUCACAAACUAUGAGUCCUCCAUAAAAAUAGGACCACUCCCCACUCAGAGGGCUAGAGCGGGGAGGGCAGUACAUGCAAUCGCCCCCCCCCCCCUUACCCCACCGAAUCGGCCAAGAUACCAGAAGGGAGCGACAUAAUAUCAAAUUUAUAUAUCAAUUCAACUAAUCUUGCUCACAAACUACGAUUUCUCCAUAAAAGUAGGACCGCCCCCCCCCCCAACUCAAAUGGUUUAGGUGGGAAGGGCAGUAGAGGUUUCGCCCCCCCCCCCCACCAAUCGGACAACAGGGGAACGACAUAAUAUAAAGAUCGGUUAAAAUAUCAAUAACAAGUUUUAAUCAUAUAGAUAUUUAAUUGAUUCUUUUGGCAAGCUGUGCAAAUUUCUGCAAAUAAAUUGGACCGCCCCCCCCCACUCGAAAGUUUAUGGUUGGGGGGGGGGCGGAUUGAUGCUAUCGCCCCCUCCCGACCCCACCUAAUCGGCCAACAUACUAGAGAGGGGGGGCGAAAUAAUCUAAAAAUAGUUUGAUAUAUAAAUAAUUAGUAUAUAUUAUAAACAUAAGUAAUAAAUUCGUAUACAAAUUGUGUGACUUCUAUACUAAAAUUCGUCCGCCCCCCCCCCCCUGGAUCCGCCAGUGGUUCAAAGUUUGUCACGCUACUACAUGACAUUCGCUGUACAAAAAGUCUAUUUUAAAAAAUGUGCGUGAUAGUUAGAUACAAAAAGCAGUCUUAGCCAUUAUAAACAAACAUACAAGUUUUCUUUUAAUUUCAGCAUUUAAGUGACCAGAAAAAUCACAGUUAACUUAUUUUUAUAUUUGUUGUUAACAUUUCUUGCAAAUUUUGUAAAUAUAUUUGACUUAGUGGUACUGAAAACAUACACAAAUUAUAUUUCUUUGUUAACAUAUUGUAAAAUUAUCUCCCUUACAUUUUAUGUAUUGUUUUAGAAUUGGUGUAUUUUUAUGAAAACUUCGCUUGCAUAAUUUUAUAAACGGUAGCUUUUAGAAAACAAAAAGUAGAUAUAGCACCUAAACAUUGCAAGCUGCAUCGCAUUCUAGUUUUUGAGAUCUGAGUGUGUCCGACGAACAAACGGACAUUAGCACAAACCUAAUAGCGCUUUCCCCCUUAAUGAGGCCGCUAAAAAAGGAAUAAAAUAAAGUCUUUUAGGAUAAUUCAGUGUCUACGUUUUUUUCUUUUUUUUUUUUUGCAUAGUUGGUCAUCCUAAGUAAAUAUUUCUACACCAAGAGAAAAAUGGCGAAAAACCUAGUGCUCAAAUUUAGAAAAAUAACGAUGUUAAAUACCAGACAAAUCUUUUACACUAUUUUCUGAAGUUAGCAAUUAUAUUUUCACGUAACCAGAAUGCUCAAUCAAUCUCUAUCUACUUUUAAGCCUUGGUAGUACAAAUAAUAUCACCAGGCAUUUUAGAUUUUCAUGAUCCUGUUACUGGUAUUUAGAUAUGUUUACACAAAAAAGAAAGAAAAUUUAUAUUCUUCUUUAAUUCAGGGUCAUUUGAAUAUUUAAAAAUAAUGGUGUACAUACAAUGCGUAUAUAAAGAAUAUAUAUUAUGUACAUUUUUUUUAUUGCAAUUUUUUUAAGUGUCUCAUAGUCGGAAAUUAACCUUAUAUGAAUUUAUUAAUACAAAAUAAAUAAAAGGCAUAUAUAUGUAUAUAA